AUGGAGAAUGUGACUAGUACCAGAACUAAUUCUCCUUUUACAGUUGAAAUAGAAGAUGAGCAACCACCUCCUCCCUCUGUUGUUUCUACUUCUUCAUCAAAAGAAGCUGGAGGAUGGAGAGCCAUCAAAUAUAUCAUUGCCAAUGAAUCGUUCGAGAAAUUGGCGUCGAUGAGUUUGAUAUCGAAUAUAACAGUGUACCUGCUUACAAAUUACAACCUGGGUGGCAUUUUUGUUGUUAAUGUGGUGCAAAUUUGGAGUGGAUCCUCCAACAUUGCAUCAAUAGCUGGAGCAUUCAUUUCUGAUUCUUAUCUGGGAAGGUUUCGGACCCUCCUCUAUGGCUCUUUUGCAUCUUUUCUGGGUAUAUUGACCAUGACCCUAACAGCAGGUAUUCAUCAAUUGAGACCCCCUACCUGCGAGCAGCCACCCAAUUGCAAAGAGCCACAAGAUUGGCAACUAGGAGUCCUCUUUGCAGCUCUGGGACUGUUAUCCAUAGGCGCUGGCGGCAUCAGGCCCUGCAACAUUGCUUUUGGCGCGGAUCAAUUCGACACUAAUACUGAGAAAGGAAGAACAAACUUGGAGCGCUUCUUCAAUUGGUGGUACUUCAGUUUCACCAUUGCACUCGUUAUUGCUCUCACUGGUGUUGUGUACAUCCAAACAAAUGUGAGCUGGACUUUAGGCUUUGCAAUCCCAACAAUUUGUCUUGCUGUCUCCAUAACCAUCUUCUUGCUUGGUCUCCACACUUACAUUUGCAAAGAACCUCAAGGGAGCAUCUUCCCAGACAUGGCUAAAGUGAUUGUAGCAGCGUGUCGAAAACGCAAACUGCAGAGUCAAGGAAAAGCCUUUUAUGACCCUCAUCUAGACUUGGAAAAUAAAAGACUUGUUGCUCCCACAGAUAGGUUCAAAUUCUUUAACAAGGCUGCUAUCAUUGCUGCUCCAAGUGAAUUAAACGACCAAGGGAUUACGAAAAAUGCAUGGAGGCUUUGCAGUUUGCAGAAUGUGGAAGACUUUAAAUGCUUGCUGGGAAUUCUUCCUGUUUGGGUAACUGGAAUUUUCUGUUUCGUUGUCAUGGACCAGCAGAACACUUUUGGAGUGCUUCAGGUUGCACAAACAAACAGGUCUUUAGGACCCCACUUCAAAGUCCCACCAGGGUGGAUGAACCUGUCAUCAAUGAUAGCACUUUCAAUUUGGAUCUACAUUUAUGAAUGCAUCUACAUUCCUCUCACAAAGAGAAUGUCUACAAGGGCUAAAAGAUUGACCGUAGGGCAGAGAAUAAAAAUUGGGAUUCUGCUAUCUAUUCUGUGCAUGCUGGUAGCAGCAACUGUUGAGAAGAAGCGCCGUGACUCGGCUUUAAGACUCGGCUCGUUCGUCUCACCCACCAGCUUUGCAUUGCUGCUGCCGCAGUUUGCGUUGUCCGGUCUAAAUGAGGCAUUUGCUGCUGUUGCUAUAAUGGAGUUCUUUACAAUGCAGAUGCCGGAGAGCAUGAGGACCGUUGCUGGGGCUGUGUUUUUUCUGAGCAUGUCCAUUGCGAACUACAUAGGUUCCUUGAUUGUGACCAUCAUUCACAAAAUAACAUCACUCAAAGGAAGAACACCCUGGCUAGGUAGUCAUGAUUUGAACAAGAACAGGCUUGAGUACUACUAUUAUGUCAUUGCUGUAUUGGGGGGUUUGAAUUUCCUGUACUUCAAUUUCUUUGCUAGCAGUUAUGUGAUCAACAACAGCAAGGAUACUGGGACAAGGGAAGUGCAGCAAGAGGGUUCAAAAGAAGGUAGGAUGGGAGAUAACACAGAGGAUGAGGAGAAUGCAAUAGGCAUAAAUGGCACUAGAUGA